GCUUUCCAAGGUGUCUCAAAUGCAGCAUCUCUAGUGAGCCGUUUCCCCUGCUUCCCGGAAACACAAAUCUUCAUUCACCAAGAUGGCGACAUUGACAGUGAGGCGGCCGCCGCUCGGGGGUUUCAGUUUCGAAAACUGCAAUAGAAAUGCAGUUUUGGAAGGUGACGUUAACAAAGUGGGAUGCAGUUUACCUGCUGCUCGUAAAACAGGAACUACCAUCUGUGGUGUUGUCUUCAGGGAUGGCGUUGUCCUGGGAGCUGACACUAGAGCGACUGAGGGCAUGGUUGUGGCAGACAAGAACUGCUCCAAGAUCCACUACAUCUCCCCCAACAUUUACUGUUGUGGAGCAGGAACAGCUGCAGACACAGAGAUGACAACUCAGAUUAUCUCCUCCAACCUGGAGCUGCACUCCCUCUCUACCGGCAGGUUGCCGCGUGUGGCCACUGCUAACCGCAUGCUCAAACAAAUGCUCUUCAGGUAUCAGGGCUACAUUGGGGCUGCUCUUGUCCUGGGUGGAAUGGACGUUAAUGGUCCUCACCUUUACAGCAUCUACCCUCAUGGCUCCACUGACAAGCUGCCCUACGUCACCAUGGGCUCUGGGUCCCUGGCUGCUAUGGCAGUAUUUGAGGACCGCUACAAACCUGACAUGGAGGAGGAGGAGGCCAAGCGGCUGGUGCGUGACGCCAUUGCUGCAGGAAUCUUCAAUGACCUGGGCUCUGGCAGCAAUAUUGACCUGUGUGUUAUCAUGAAGGGCAAAGUGGACUACAUCCGGCCCCAUGAUGAGGCUAACAAGAAGGGGGUCAGAGUAAAUGAGCUUGAAGCCCUACAGCUAACUGGUGACUACAAGUACAAAAGAGGUACCACCAGUGUGUUGACAACAAUGGUGACCCCAUUGGACCUGGAGCUGGUGGAAGAAUCUGUACAGACUAUGGAUACUUCCUAAAAUACUUGUACAAUUUGUUUCUUGAUGUACCUCACUACCCUUAGAAUUCCUAACACAAAUGGCAUGUUUAUCCAUGGUUUACAAUAAAAGUAUCUGAGUUGA